AUGGGAGACUUAGUGAAAGCUACCCAAUCAAUUUCCAAGGCUGAGGAUUUCAGAGAUGACACCAAGCUGAUAAUGCAACCAUAUGCUAACUGGGAGGAGUACUUGGUACCUGCCCCAGUCUCCAUAGCCAUUCUGGGGGAGCUGGUCUGUAUCUCCUCUAAUGUAGAUUUCUCCAUCAAUAAAAACCCUCCAAAAGAUGGAUUUCAGUUAAUCAAGUACCCAGACUCAUUCCGUGCCUGUCUAAUGCAAGUGGCUAAUUCUGGAUGGGCGGCAUUCAAUGAGGCUCACAAGAACAUGGACCAGAUCCGUCUCCACACUGGCAGUGUGCCAGCGUACAUCAGGACGUCAGUUCAGAUAUUACUACAGGACAAUGAUGAGCUGGUCCAAACCCUCCUCCCUGACCAACUGGAGAACAUAUCUACUAUAUCAGACCAAUGUGUACAACUGGCUGAGGGAACAGAGAAAAAGUUCACCUUUGUUAUUAAUCUGAUCCAAGAACUUUUAGAAGCUUGCGUGGGUGCAAAGAAGGUAUAUGGUGAUGAACUGGAAGAAGUCAAGCGUAAAAUUGAGGAGACAGAAAUGAGAAAGGAGGAUUCAGAGAAAGCAAAGGAAAGGGCUCAGAAAAUGUAUGAGAACAUGAACAAAAAGUUAGAUGAUGCACAGAAGGAAUUUGAUGCAGCAAUGGAUUCACUGCCAUCGGAAUGGCGUAUGAUUGGCAUGAAAAUUGUAGAGGGAGUCACUGAGGGUGUUUUGGGGAUUAUGUCUUCUCUUGCCCUGUGCAAGACAAACUUGGCAGCAACCAUGGCAGAUAAAUUAAGUAUUACAUUGAAUCUCAGAAGCAAAGAAGCAUGUUCCCAGCAUGCAAAAACUGAAAGUGAGGACAUCCUUGCUACGAAUGAUGUGCUUUCAAAAUCAGGCCAGCUGCUAAAGCUGGCAGAGACACUGAGCGGCUAUACUGGUGACAAUGAAAUUAAAUGGUCAGAGAUAUAUGAUCAAAAAGAAGACAGAACAAUAACAUCGUACGUGGGGGAACAAUAUAAUCGAAUUAAAACCUCAGUGGAGAGUGAAAAACAAUGUAAAGCCAAAAAGGCCGCACUCGACAUCUGCACAGACGCUAUUGAACUGUGCUCUGAGCUCUCAAAGAUCGCACCUGACGGGAAAUGCGACGAUGCCAAGACAAAGGGCUUGACUGAAAGAAUACAGAAGCUGUUGAUGUUGAGUAAGAAAUUUGACUGCGAGAACAAGGCCUUCACAAACACACCAGCUUUUACACCCCAACCCCCACAGCAAGCUAAAGGGAGUCAGAAAAAAGAGGAUAAUGAAAUAUUGGCGGAGAACGCCCGUUUCCGCAUAGAACAGAGUCGAGCCCAGCUGGAUAAUGCGAAAGAGAUGCAACAGCAGAGUUUGGAAAACCUGGAGAAAAACCAGAAGGAGCUGAGAGAGAUCUUAGUCACACUGAGAAACUGUGAAGUGAAAGAGAUCGACUUCAACACCACCAUUAAAAUGCUGGUCAAAGGUCUAGAUGCGAUGGGAAGAGUGAAAGAGCAGUGGGAGAAGAUGAUACGCUUCUUUCAGAUGAUCUCAAACAUCGUUAAGACCUGCCUGCAUAGAUCUCUGACUGAUUUUGUCAAACAGUCUCAGAAGGCAUCUCAGAAACAUCUGUCAUAUAACACAAAAAAGUUCAUGAAAGACCUGAUCUACCAGCAGGCUUUUUAUGCGUCAAAUGUAGCCAGCUUGGUUAACAUGAUCUCAGGGACCUACGUUGAGGUUUCCGACAAACACCUGAUGGACAGGAUCAGCAGUCUGGGCAAACUCAUGGCUCUGGAUCCCAGAAGACCAGAAUUCAAAAGUGAACGUCAAAAAUUACAUGAUGCAUGUGAAGAAGCUCAAGAAGCAAUAAGAGAUCUUGUGAUGAAGAACAACCAGACAUUUAAUCAGAAGGCAAAAGAAAGAAUGAACAGAAUUGAAGGGGCACUAAAGCCGAUGCUACCCCCAGUGUCUGAGGAGAAAAUGAAAGAGAUGAAAGAAAUAACAGAAUCUGCAUUUAAAGAAAUGAGUCAGGAAGAUGAAGAUCAGUUUGUUUAA